AGUGAGGGGUGGGGGUAGGGGCUUCUGGAACGGUCGUUGCGGUGCUAGACAAGGCAGUGAUCUGAAGCUUUGCCACCAUUGGAGCUGGGCAGUUGAGGCUGCUCUUGGGCACCGAGGAUGUUGCGUAAGCUCACGGUCGACCAGAUAAACGACUGGUUCACCAUAGGCAAGACGGUGACCAAUGUGGAGCUUCUGGGUUUGCCGCCCGCCUUCCCUGCGGAGGCGCCUCGGGAGGAGGUACAGCGCUCAGAGGAGGUCGCCAGCGAGGCCCCUGCGGCCCAGGUUCCAGAAAAGGCCAUAGCACCAGCCAGACCAGCCUUUGGGAGGUCACUCAGCCAGAGGAGCUCAGAAAUGGAGUAUAUUAACAAAUACAGACAACUUGAAGAGCAAGAACUUGAUAUUUAUGGCCAGGAUCAACUACCCAGUGGACCAGGUCUAAGGUCACCACUGGCUAAGUUAAAUAAUGUGACAUGUAUCCCAGAGACAACUUACAAAUAUCCUGAUUUGCCUAUAAAUCGGUGUAAAGAAGAGAUUAUUUCCUUGAUAGAAAGCAAUUCUGUGGUGAUCAUACACGGUGCCACAGGAAGCGGCAAGAGCACACAGCUCCCACAGUAUGUCCUGGACCACUACACACAGUGCUCAGCCUUCUGCAACAUUGUCGUCACCCAGCCACGGAAAAUAGGGGCCAGCAGCAUCGCCCGGUGGAUCAGUGCGGAGCGCUCCUGGGCGCUGGGUGGCUUGGUCGGCUAUCAGGUAGGGCUAGAGAAAAUAGCCACGGAAGACACACGGUUAGUCUACAUGACCACUGGGGUCCUGCUGCAGAAGAUCGUGAGUGCCAAGAGUCUGAUGGAGUUCACACACAUCUUCAUCGAUGAGGUGCAUGAGCGAACCGAGGAGAUGGAUUUCCUGCUCUUGGUAGUCCGUAAACUCUUGAGGACAAAUUCACGUUUUGUGAAGGUAAUCCUCAUGUCUGCCACCAUCAACUGCAAGCAGUUUGCAGACUACUUUGCUGUUCCCGUUCAGAACAAGAUGAACCCUGCAUAUGUUUUUGAAGUGGAAGGCAAGCCCCACGCUAUUGAAGAGUAUUACCUUAAUGAUCUGGGGCACAUUUAUCAGAGUGGGCUCCCCCCAUACCGUCUGGAGGAGCCAGUGAUAACAAAGGAUGUCUAUGAAGUCGCUGUCUCUCUCAUUCAGAUGUUUGAUGACCUGGACAUGAAAGAGAGCGGGAACAAGACCUGGUCCGGGGCGCAGUUUGUGUCGGAGCGGAGCAGCGUGCUGGUGUUCCUGCCAGGUCUGGGUGAGAUAAAUUAUAUGCAUGAGCUUCUCACCAACAUGAUUCACAAAAGGUUGCAGGUCUACCCACUUCACUCCAGUGUGACUUUAGAAGAACAGAAUAAUAUAUUUUUAAGUCCAGUCCCUGGGUACAGAAAGAUUAUUCUGUCAACCAAUAUUGCUGAGAGUUCUGUCACAGUUCCUGAUGUCAAAUAUGUUAUAGAUUUUUGUCUGACCAGAACUCUGGUUUGUGAUGAAGAUACAAAUUACCAGAGUCUGCGACUAAGCUGGGCCUCGAAGACCAGCUGUGACCAGAGAAAAGGCCGUGCUGGACGCGUGUCUAAAGGAUACUGCUACAGACUGAUCCACAGGGACUUCUGGGACAGCACUAUCCCUGACCAUGUUGUUCCUGAGAUGCUGCGCUGUCCUCUGGGAAGCACAAUAUUGAAGGUGAAGUUGCUUGACAUGGGUGAACCGAGAGCUCUACUGGCUACCGCCCUGUCUCCGCCCAGCCUGAGUGACAUCGAACGCACCAUUCUUCUGUUGAAGGAGGUUGGAGCACUGGCGGUUAGUGGGCAGAGAGAGGACGAAAACCCCCAUGAUGGUGAACUGACCUUCCUGGGAAGAGUGCUGGCACAGCUCCCCGUCAGUCAGCAGCUGGGGAAACUCAUUGUGCUGGGACAUGUAUUUGGGUGCCUGGAUGAGUGUCUCAUCAUAGGUAAGUGUGGGGACAGGUGUGGGCAGUGUGCGCUGGCAUGUGCUAGCAUGUGCUGGCAUGUGCUGGCAGGUGUCAUCCUCUGUUUUCUGUUUUUAGCGGCAGCCCUUUCUCUGAAGAAUUUUUUCACGAUGCCUUUUCGGCAGCAUCUGGAUGGAUAUAGGAACAAAGUACACUUCUCAGGUAGCAGCAGAAGUGACUGCCUGGCACUUGUGGAGGCGUUCAGGGCCUGGCAGGCUUGCAGACAGCGAGGAGAGCUGCGGCAUCCCAAGGAUGAGCUUGAUUGGGGACGGCUAAACUACAUUCAAAUAAAGAGAAUCAGAGAGGUGGCUGAGUUAUAUGAAGAACUGAAGAAUAGAAUCUCACAGUUCAACAUGUUUGUGGAUCCUCGCCAUCCUGUCUUGGAUCGGGAGUAUCCAUAUAAGCAGCGCUUCAUCCUGCAGGUCGUACUGGCAGGUGCUUUUUAUCCAAAUUACUUCACUUUUGGACAGCCAGAUGAGGAGAUGGCAGUGAGGGAACUGGCCGGCAAAGACCCAAAGACAACAGUUGUGCUGAAGCACAUCCCUCCCUAUGGAUUUCUUUACUACAAGCAACUGCAGUCUCUCUUCAGACAGUGUGGUCAAGUCAAAUCCAUUGUGUUUGACGGUGCAAAAGCCUUUGUGGAGUUUUCACGGAAUCCAACAGAAAGAUUUAAGACCCUCCCUGCUGUGAACUUGGCAGUCAAGAUGUCCCAGUUAAAAGUGUCCCUUGAGCUCUGUGUCCAUGCUGCAGAGGAGAUUGAGGGGAAGGUGCAAGGCGGGUCGGUGUCAAAGCUCAGGAACACAAGGGUGAACGUGGACUUCCAGAAGCAGACAGUAGAUCCCAUGCAAGUGUCAUUCAGCACCUUGGACAGACCCUGGACAGUUGCAGAUCUUCUCCUGACAGUCGAUGUCACUGAGGUGGUGGAAGUUGGGCACUUCUGGGGGUACAGGAUUGAUGAAAGGAAUGCUGAGCUGCUGAAACAGCUGACGGCUGAGAUAAACCGCCUAGAACUGGUCCCUCUGCCUAUCCACCCACAUCCGGACUUGGUCUGCCUGGCACCUUUUACCGAUUACAACAAGGAAAGCUACUUUAGAGCUCAGAUUCUUUAUGUUUCUGGAAAUUCUGCUGAGGUAUUCUUCGUAGACUAUGGGAAUAGGUCUCAUGUAGACCUGGAUCUCCUGAGGGAGAUCCCCUGUCAGUUUCUGGAGCUUCCAUUUCAGGCCUUGGAAUUCAAGAUUUGCAAAAUGAGACCAUCAGCAAAGUCUCUCAUCUGUGGCGAGCACUGGAGUGGGGGUGCCAAUGGGCGGUUCGCUGCCCUGGUCAGCGGCUGUCCUCUCCUGGUGAAGGUGUUCUCCAUUGUACACAGCGUCCUGCACGUGGAUGUGUACCGAUACUCGGGGGCCCAGGAUGCCGUCAACAUUAGAGAUGUUCUCAUCAGGGAGGGCUAUGCUGAGCUCGCAGAGGAGUCCUAUGAGUCAAAGCAAAGCUAUGAAGUUCUCAAGGGUUUCUUUGCGAAGUCAGUGGAUGCCAUGCUGGACGGCUCCAUGUCCUCUCCUGUGAAGGACGAUGAGAAGCACCUCAUCCGGGUGCUAUUGGAGAGCUUCACUUCCAACCGGCUGGGGGCUCCAAACUGCAAGGCUGUUCUUCAUGGGCCCUUUAACCCUUAUGAACUGAAGUGUCAUAGUCUGACCAGAAUAUCCAAGUUCAGAUGUGUGUGGAUUGAGAAGGAGAGCAUCAAUUCUGUGGUCAUCAGUGACAGCCCUGCCGACCUGCACCAGAGGAUGCUGGUCGCAGCUUCACUUUCAGUUAACGAGACUGGGUCGACCAUGCUCCUGAGAGAGACCUCCCUGAUGCCUCACAUCCCAGGCCUCCCAGCCCUCCUCAGCAUGCUCUUCGCACCAGUGAUGGAGUUACGAGUUGACCGUGAUGGAAAAUGUUACACUGGGGUCCUUUGUGGUUUGGGAUGGAAUUCAGCUACGGAGGCCCCUAUACUGCCUGAGCAUGACAUCGAGCUGGCCUUCGAUGUGUGCUUCAACGUGGAGGACAUCAUUGAGAUUAAUAUUCUCAGGGCCGCCAUCAACAAGCUAGUGUGUGAUGGGCCAAAUGGAUCCAAGUAUCUUGGGCCUGAAAGAAUCGCCCAGUUACAGGAGAAUGCACGUCAGAAACUUCUAGGCUUGUUCUGUCGGUUGAAACCUCGAGAGAAGAUUACUCCUCAGUGGCAUGAGAAGCCCUACGAGUGGAACCAGGUGGAUCCAAGGCUGGUCAUGGAGCAAGCUGAGCAGGAGGGCAGCCGAGGGAAGAGCACGUCCCUGUACCAGCUGCACACGCCUGUGGUGCUCAACCCUUGACGGCGUGUCUCAGCAGAAGUCUGCUACAGGCUUUUCUGCAGCUGCUUCCUGUCCCUGCUGCCCCUGCACAGGGCUUCUGCGGCUUGCUGCCUUUGCUCAGAGUGGACAGUGGUCUUUCUGCUUGGGUGGGAAAGAUCAGAAAGUCAAGUAUUUUCAAGAAAUGUGGGUCACGGUAUUAAAUACUUUGCAAAAAGUUGUUCUGAAAGAAGAUUUUGUUUUGGAAAAGCUGUAUUCUUCUUUGAAUGUAGAGGGUAAAUCUAAAUAGUCCCAGGAGACAAGGUCCAGAGCGUGUUUGUAUGCUUGUCCUGUCACAGUGUUAGCUGUGGUUCAGGAGAGAGCCAGACCUCUGGCUCACCACAGAGCACAUGUGAACCCCACCCCCACUCCCAAUGCGUGCGCAUGUGUAUGAGUGUGUGUGUGCAUGUGCGCGUGCGCGCUCUUAAAAAAACAUGUAGUGUUUUCUGAUUUUUUUUUCUUCAUUGAAAAGAUGUGGUUUUAGUAAAACUUGAGUUUGGUAUGUUUAGGACUUGUGGUUAAAUUAAGCCUCCUGGUCUAUGUUUUGGAAAUGAGAAGAUGUGACCUGGUGAGACAAUAAAGGCAUUGGACUUUG